AACCGCAACCGCAACCGCUGCGGUUGAACCAGUCAGGCCCUUAAUGAGUUAUAGCCUAUACUCUAUAGGUUACUAAAUAUAGAGGAAAUUGUUUCGCUAAAAUAUAUUUGAAUAUACAAUUUUACAACAACAAAAUUAAUAAUUUGUCAUAUUCUUGUUUUUUUUCUUGGUAUUUUAAUUGUUAAAAAGGAGGGAAGAGGAAUAAAAAGAAAAAAAAAGAACUGAACCGCUGCAUGCAAUCGCCGAGACCAAGAAACAUUCAACGUACGUCGAAUCGUCGCUCUGAAACCUAAAUCAUCUAAAUCCACCACCAAUGGCUAAGCGAUCCAUUUCAAUCCUCACCCGCCUCCUAACAAAUCCAUCUUCUCCAUUCACCGCACCCACCCGAUCCAUCACCUACAUGCCUCGUCCCGGCGACGGAGCCCCACGCACCGUAACCCUUAUCCCCGGCGACGGGAUCGGACCUUUAGUGACCGGUGCGGUGGAACAGGUCUUCGAAGCGAUGCACGCUCCAGUCCAUUUCGAGAGGUACGAGGUUCGUGGACACAUGAGGAAAGUCCCCGAGGAAGUGAUGGAAUCCGUGAAGAGGAACAAGGUUUGUCUGAAAGGCGGCUUAGCGACUCCUGUUGGUGGAGGUGUCAGCUCAUUGAACAUGCAGUUGAGGAAAGAGCUCGACAUCUUUGCUUCCCUCGUCAACUGCAUCAACGUCCCUGGGUUAGUGACGAGGCACGAGAACGUGGAUAUCGUUGUGAUUAGGGAGAACACGGAAGGAGAGUACGCGGGUCUCGAGCACGAGGUUGUUCCUGGUGUUGUUGAGAGUCUUAAGGUGAUAACUAAGUAUUGUUCUGAGAGGAUAGCGAGGUACGCAUUUGAGUAUGCGUACCUGAACAACAGGAAGAAAGUGACUGCUGUUCAUAAAGCCAACAUUAUGAAGCUAGCGGAUGGGCUCUUCCUUGAAUCUUGCAGAGAGGUUGCUAAAGCUUAUCCUGGGAUUACGUAUAACGAAAUAAUCGUAGACAAUUGUUGUAUGCAGCUUGUGGCUAAGCCUGAGCAGUUUGAUGUCAUGGUGACGCCUAAUUUGUAUGGUAAUCUUAUUGCAAACACUGCUGCUGGAAUAGCUGGUGGCACUGGAGUGAUGCCAGGAGGCAAUGUUGGUGCAGAACAUGCGAUAUUCGAGCAAGGAGCAUCAGCAGGGAAUGUUGGGAAUGAUAAGAUAGUGGAGCAGAAGAAAGCUAAUCCAAUGGCUCUGCUUCUCUCAUCGGCUAUGAUGCUUAAACAUCUCCAGUUUCCUACGUUCGCUGAUCGUCUUGAAAUCGCAGUGAAACAAGUCAUACAAGAAGGCAAAUGGCGAACCAAGGAUCUCGGUGGAGAUUGCACUACUCAGGAAGUUGUUGAUGCUGUCAUAAAAGCUCUUGACUGAGCUUCUACUUGUUUCGUGCUUGGUGCUUCUCUGUUUUGCGUUUGCUAUUUGUUUUUUCUUGGUUCUUUUUAUUCAUGCAUUUACUUGAUUUGACAAUGUUCGAUCUCUUGUUAAAGCACGAGCUUAUUAUAGUUAUAUAAUAAAUUCAAUAAAG